AACAUCAUCAUCAUUUACAGACAGAACUUUAGUCUGACUUCAAACCAGCGACUUUAAUCAGCGUCAAGAGCCAAAACCAACCAAACUAAGAGAGAUUUAAAGAAGUAGUGAGUGGAGGAAGCUGCUGAAUCAUGAGUGCUGCUCAGAGUCAAACUACACUGAUGUCCAAACUGGAGGCCCUGCAGUGCCACUUCACCUGGGAUCUGGAGCUCAGCAGGUCCAAACUUUUCCGUCUCCGGGACCAACUGAAGGACAUCGGCACCGAGGAGGGAAACAGCUGGCUGGGUCACAUUUACAACCUGCAGGGGUUUGUUGAAUACAAGAUGAAAAACAUAGAAAAUGCCCAGAGCUUCUUCAACAAGGCUGCAGAGGCCUUCUGCCAGCUGAGAAACGCAGACGAGGGUCCCUGGUUGGUGGUGAACUACGGGAACCUGGCUUGGCUGCACCACCACCUGGGGGACGAAGCAGAGAGUGAGGCUUACCUGUCAAAGGUCGACGCCCUGAUGAAUAAAUACCCGUCUCCAUCCCAGGACGAGCUUCAUCCGGAGAUCUACGCUGAAAAAGCCUGGACCCUGAUGAAGUUCACCGCAGAGAAGAAGCUGCUGGCUGCAGAUUACUUCCAGAGAGCCAUCAGGAUGCAGCUGGACAUGGUGGAGUGGAACUCCAGCUACGUCUUGGGGUUGGUGAAUGCUUCUAAGCACAGCAGCACAGGGUUGGAGGCUGAGGUCUUGGAGAAAAUGAGAAUCGCCAAGGAGCAAGAUCCAGAGAACUUGUACCUCGCUGCUAACUACCUUGAUCAACGUGCUAAAAAAGGAGAAAGGGUUGAAGAUGAAGCUCGUGAGUUAGCUCAAAGGGUUUUCAUAAAUCCUGUCAGCAGCUACAGCGGUUUUAAAGCAUUGAUUCGGGUUUACAGAAACUACGUUUCUGUCGAUGAGGCUAUUGAUUUAGCAGAGGAGGCUCUGGAGAACCAUCCAGAUGAGCGUUAUCUGAAGAGAUGUGCUGCACUCUGCUAUAAGUGGAAGAUCAUUUUUUUCAGGGAAAGUCGUCCAAAGCAAAGCAUGAUAGACAGAGCAAUCACUCUCCACAAGGAGGUGAUUUCUCUUUAUCCUCAUUCUUCACUUGUGAAGAAAAUAGACCUCGCAAACAUAUACGCAAAGUCAAGUAACGGUCUGGCUAAAGCUGAGCAGAUCUACCAGGAACUGUUAGAACGUGACCUGGAACCUGCAGACAAACAGUUGCUUUAUAAUAGCUACGCAAAGUAUUUAAACUUUGAUCGACAGGAUCGCAACAGGUCUGUACGAUAUCACAUGAAGGCAGCUGCGAUACCCCAACAAUCCUUCUUUCGAGACAACAGCAUCAAAGUUCUGGAGAAGAUUAAAGGCAGAAACAGGAACCGAAUGUGUAGAGAAAUAGAGGACUUUCUGGAAAAAAUGGAACCUCUCAGCAAAAACCAUUAGUUUUAGUGGCAUUGCAGACCGAAGUGGCAAUCUAUACAGGAGGUUAAAUUUUCACAUUUGGCUCAUUAGCAAACUCGCUAAUUCUUGUUUAUUUGUGAUCCGAUAAACACUAAAUUCACCCAAUGAUUUCCCACAACAACUAAACACAACUGUCUCAUUUAAAGUGGGUCAGAAAAACGAAAGACACAUCCAAAGAGAUCCUGAGUCUGUCCAGUGUUUUCCAAUGAAAGAAGCUCCAAAAGUCGCCAGAUGACUUAAAUUGCUAAUUUGCAUAUUCACUCAUAUUCACUCACUCUGUGCGGUUCCUCUCCCUCACAUCCUCCUCCGAACACCGUUUCUUAGGUCUUUUAGGUCAUUUUACCAUCACAAUGAUUUCUAAACUGUUUUAUUAAGUUGAAAAUGCUGCAUAGUUCUGCUUUAAUGUUGUUGUUCCGGUACAAAUUCACCGUAGAUGUCAAAAAAAGACAUCUCCUGUCUCUCACCUGUAAAAGAACGAGCUCACCAUAGCAUGUUUUACGUUCUCUCCUGUUCCCAGUUCGUCUAAAAUAGUUGAUAAAUUUGUCGCUAGUUGCUUUUUGUGAAUAAAGUCGCCAUGAGGGUCUGAAAAGUCACUAAAAGUUGCCAACAGUGGUGAGAACAAGAACAUGAUGUCACAAUUUCCCAAUCCUUUCUAGCCAUAACCCGUUAGCAAGUUAGCCUGUUAGCUCGGACCACCUUUUCCCCUCUUUAGUAACUCUUUACUUAAUUAAAUGAUGAACAGUCCUUCAAACAAAGUGCUGGCUAGCUUGUUAGCCUGUUAGCUCGGACCGCCUUUUCCCCUCUUCAAUAACUCUUUACUUAAUUAAAUGAUGAGCAGUCCUUAAAACAAAGUGCUUGCUAGCUUGUUAGCCCGUUUGCUAGCUACAGCUGCUACCAACUUCUAUGUUAGUAUCACUACUAAGUAAGUUCUAGUAUCUAGAAACAGAUACUAGGCAGAGAUUUGUAGAUAAUUUAGCUUUAACUUUUUAUGAGUAAACACAAACAAUGUUCUGCUAGCCACAAAAUCACAAAAUGUUUGAGAAAUACAUGAAAGUUUUUAAUAACACAAUGUCUUAUUAGCGUGCUGCUUGCUAGCAUGCCAGUGCUACAUCACUCACAACAUUAAUCUAUUAAAAUAAUAACUUUUAUGUAACUUGUGUUUAGGCUACUACUCCUAUAUGAAUAAUAUUGUCUUUGCAAUGUAUUUUCAGUUUAACUGAUAAAAGAAAACUCCAUAUAAAAUACUAUGUUCUUUGUUCUUUUGUAUUGUGAGAAAAUAGAAAGAUUGAUUCAUAAUGUUAUUAUUAAUUGAUGUAUAGGCUGAAUAUUAGUCAGAUGCAACCAAUUGUACACAGAAAGUGUGUCAAGCUGUGUGUCAGUUGUACACAAUAAUAAAAAAUUGUAUGUACACCAAGAAA